AUGCAGGGAGGGCGGCAGAAGCACAGGAAGCAGUUUCACAAGCAGCAGGUGAAGCGCAGCAAGGCGGAGAGCGAUGAGAUAGCCGCCAUCGAGCGGGCGCUGGCCGAGGGGGCGCCGCCGCACGGCAUCAACCCGCUGGCGCUGCCGCCACCGGCGGCAGAGGGCGGCGAGGCCCCGCAGCAGCCCAGCGUUGCAGCCGCCAAGCGCUUUGAUGAGCUACCCAUCAGCGAGUACAGCAAGCAGGGCCUGCGGGAGGCCAAAUACUUCAGCUUGACGGCGGUGCAGCGUGCCGCACUGCCACACGCGCUGUGCGGCCGGGACGUGCUCGGCGCCGCGAAGACCGGCUCGGGCAAGACGCUGGCUUUCCUGCUGCCGGUGGUGGAGAAGCUGUACCGCGCCCGCUGGAGCAAGCUGGACGGCCUGGGGGCGCUGGUCAUCUCGCCCACCCGAGAGCUUGCGCUGCAGAUCUUUGAUGAGCUGCGCAAGGUGGGGCGGCGCCACGACUUCAGCGCGGGGCUGCUGAUCGGCGGCAAGGACGUGAAGGAGGAGCAGGCUCGGGUGCACGGCAUGAACAUCUUGGUGUGCACCCCGGGGCGGCUGCUGCAGCACAUGGACGAGACGCCCGGCUUUGAUGCCGGCCAGCUGCAGGUGCUGGUGCUGGAUGAGGCGGACAGGAUCCUGGACAUGGGCUUCUCCGCCACCCUGAAUGCCAUUGUGGCCAACAUCCCCCGCCAGCGCCAGACCCUGCUCUUCUCCGCCACCCAGACCAAGUCUGUGAAGGACCUGGCACGCCUGAGCCUGAAGGACCCCGAGUACAUCUCUGUGCACGCCGAGGCGGCGGCGCCCACGCCACUCAGGCUGCAGCAGGCCUACAUGGUGUGCGAGCUGCCCCAGAAGCUGGACAUACUGUGGAGCUUCAUCAAGACGCACCUCAAGGCGAAGACCAUCGUGUUUGUGUCCACCUGCAAGCAAGUGCGGUUCCUGUUUGAGGCCUUCCGCAAGCUGCGGCCGGGCGUGCCGCUGCGCGCGCUGCACGGCAAGAUGAACCAGUACAAGCGCAUGGGGGUGUUUUACGAGUUCUGCGAGGCCAAGGCGAUGGUGCUGUUUGCCACCGACAUCGCCGCGCGCGGCCUCGACUUCCCCACCAUCGACUGGGUGGUGCAGGCGGACUGCCCCGAGGACGUUCCCGCCUACAUCCACCGCGUGGGCCGCACCGCGCGCUACAUGUCCAGCGGCAAAGGCCUGCUGCUGCUGGUGCCCAGCGAGAAGGAGGGCAUGCUGGCGCAGCUGGAGGAGGCCAAGGUUCCCAUGAAGCAGCUGAAGCACAACCCCAGCAAGGUGCAGCCCGUGGCGCCCGCGCUGCAGGCGCUGCUGUCCAAGGAUGGCGAGCUCAAGGAGGUGGCGCAGCGCGCGCUCGUCUCGUACCUGCGCUCCGUUUUCCUGCAGCCCAACCGCAAGGUGUUUGACGUCACGCAGCUGCCGGCCGCCGAGUUUGCGUACAGCAUGGGGCUGCCCACGGCGCCCAAGCUGCGAUUCCUCAGCAAGGCCGAGAAG